CUUACUACUUGAGCCGCUGUCUGGAACAGUUUCCGAUUCUGAAUUCCGAUUAUUUAUUUGAUGUGUAAGAAUUAAAUUACUUGUUAAUUUGUUAUCCGUCACAUUGCUCUUGAACUUGAUAUUGUUUGAGUGAAAUUGUGUCUGAUCUGUUCUGUUUUUAUUGUAAAUAUUCUGUUCUCAUUUUACAGUUUACAAAUUCGUACGUAUUGUAUUAUUAUCUCUUAAGAAAGAAAAAAAAAUGACUGAAGCUGUGGUGAGUGGAAAAGAUACACGUUGUUUAUUUAUUAACAAUGGUGAUGAUUUGUUGACUUUAAAAAAAGUUGUAUCCAAAAAAACAGAUAAAGAUGAUGAGAAACAAAAGCUUCAUGAAUCUGUAGAAACUAAUGGCAGUGAAUUAAACGGAAACCAUAAUAAAACUGAUAGUAUAAAUUUUGAUGUUGAUAAUACAUCUUCAUUAGAACCAAAUUUAGAAAUGGAUAGUGAUACAGAUCGUAAUAUUACUAUUGGUUCAAUUUGCACUCAAGAAGAUAGAGAAUCAGAAACUAUUGAUAUCUCUAAUGAAAAUUCAAAUGAAGCAGAUGCAAAAAAUGGUGAAAAGGAUAUUCAAGUAAAUUCAAUCAAAUGUCUAGAUAUUCCAUAUUCUCCAAGUGAUUCUUUAGAUGAUAAUGAGUAUUCGCAUGAUUUGGAAGAUGAUUUAGAAUUGAAUAAUAUUAGGUCACCUGCAUCUUUCUUUAAUAUAUCAUCAAGAGCACCAUUACAUUCUAACGAGGAUUUAGAUACUACGUUAGAAGAUGAUAUUUUAUUACUGGAUGAAGAGGUAUUAAUUAAUGAACGAAAGCGAAAAUUUGAAGAUUUACCAGAACAAGAACAAAAGUCUACUAAAAUACUUAAACUAUGGAAUUUAAUGAAAUAUCCUUUUCAAAAAAUAACCUAUGGUACUUCAAUAAGUGAAAAUGAACCAAAUAUUUCUAUAGCUGAAGUCAUAGUUGAAAAAGAGAAUUCCCUAGAACCUGAGACAGUUGCUUGUGAAAAUAAUAGUGAUAAUGUAAAAUCUGAAGAAAAUAACACUCAAAAUAAUUCUGAAGUAGGUGGUGAAAAUGAGGAUACUUCAACAAAUGAGAAUACAAAAAAAUUCUGUAACAUAAUGUAAUUAGCGACAAAAAAGUAUAAAUUAAUUAUUGCAAUAUUCUUGUUUUAAAGAAGUGUAUAUUCAUAUUAGUUAAGUAAUGCAUUGAAUAUUUUAGCUUUGUGGACACAAUUAGUCAAAAAAAACAUGCCUUCCACUAAAUUUGAUUUUUUUUUUUUUGUAUAAUUUUUAUUUUAUGACCAUUUUCGAUGUUUGCAAGUUAUCAUUUGUAUCUAACAUAUUAAGAAAAAACUUGUGUUUUGGAAUUACUGAAAUACUUUUUUUUUAACAUAUCUAAAAACAAAUUUUGA